AUGAUCAGCCGUAACUUUAAGAAUGUGCUGGUGGUGUCAGUCGGGUUCCUGUUUCUGUUCACGGCGUAUGGGGGCCUGCAGAAUUUACAGAGCAGUCUGAAUGCGGAGCAGGGGAUGGGGGUGGCGUCUCUGAGCAUCAUCUACGCCUCCAUCAUCAUCUCCUCCAUGUUCCUGCCUCCCCUCAUGAUCAAAAAUCUGGGCUGUAAGUGGACCAUUGUUGCUGGGAUGGUCUGCUACGUCUCCUACUCGUUUGGAAACCUCUACCCCGGAUGGUACACCCUGAUCCCCACCUCAGUGGUCCUGGGUCUGGGGGGCUCUCCUCUGUGGUCGGCUAAAUGCACCUACCUGACCAUCUCUGGAAACCUGCAGGCUGCCGGCGAGGGCAAGAAGGGCUCCGACGUCAUCAAUCAAUACUUCGGCGUCUUCUUCUUCAUGUUUCAGUCGGCGGGGGUGUGGGGGAACCUCAUGUCGUCGCUCAUCUUCGGACAGGACGCCAACAUCGCUGACAUCUCCGAGGAGCAGCUGCAGGCCUGCGGAGCAGCGGACUGCGGCCUCAACAUCAGCAGCAACGGCACCGUCAGCAGACCUGCGGAGAAGCUCGUCUGGACGCUCGUCGGCUGCUACAUCGGUGUCGGGCUGUUAGCCAUCCUCAUCGUGGCGGUGUUCCUGGACAACAUCGACUGGGAGCGGACCAGCCAGUUCCGCGGGAACCGGGAGCCGUUCUGCCACACCUUCCUGGCCACGUUCAGACUGCUGAAGGACUGGAGGCUGGUGACCCUCAUCCCCCUCACCGUGUACAGCGGCUUCGAACAGAGCUUCCUCUCCGGGGAGUUCACCAAGAACUACGUGACGUGUGCACUGGGGAUCCAUCUUGUCGGCUUCGUCAUGAUGUGUUUUGGGGCAUGUAAUGCUGUUUUCUCCUUCCUCUUUGGGAGACUCGCUCGGCACACUGGGAGAGCUGCACUCUUCUUUCUGGCUGCACUGGCCAACUUUUGCUGUAUCAUUGCUCUGUUGUUCUGGAGGCCUCGUCCUGACCAGCUGGCGGUCUUCUUUGUGGUUCCUGCUCUGUGGGGUAUGGCUGACGCGAUCUGGCAAACUCAGGCUAAUGCUCUUUAUGGCGUCCUCUUCCCCCGGGACAAAGAGGCAGCAUUUGCUAACUACCGUAUGUGGGAGUCGCUGGGUUUCGUCAUCGCCUUCGCCUACAGCACCUUCUUGUGCCUGGAGUACAAACUGUACAUCCUGCUGGCCGUCCUGCUGCUGACCGUCAUCACCUACCCCAUCGUGGAGUUUCACGAACGCAAGAAUCCCACAGCGCCCUGCGAGGAGGCCCUCCAGCUCAGCCACAGGGAAGCCGCUGAAACAGACAAGAGCAAAAUCAUCAGCCAGGCGCUGGUGUAG